CGUCGCGGUAAUCGCCCCUCGCCACCUUUGGUGCCGAUUAUUUUAUUAUUACGAAUUUCUCAUUCUGCAGAUAGCAACGCUGGUUGUUUGCAUUCAGCGUGUGAGGUUGCUGACAGGUGACAAGGCUUUGAGCUGUUACGGGUUCAUUUCAUUAUAACGAGCGGCUGGUGUGGUGUUAGCGCUUCUUGAUAACAUUCCUGCGUUUUCUUGGUGUUUUUUUUCGGAGGCCCCGUUGAAGAUAUGCUUGGGUCAGUGUAAGCCUGCAGCAGUUGACAGCAUCGAAAGACUGCAGCCAGCCGGCCGGCCGGCAUGAUCACGCUCAGCAAGAAGCUGCUGCAGAAGCGCGGCGAGACGGCCGCCGGCGGUCCGGUGGCCGCCGGCGCCGAGCCGCGCCGCCGCACCGCUAUGCGGGACCGCCUGCUCACCAAGGAGGUGCAGGAGCUGCACGAGAACCUGCCGGCCACAUGCAGCGUCGAGUUCCCGCGGCCCGACGCGCUGCACGAGUUCGUGCUGACCGUGCGGCCCGACGAGGGCUAUUGGCGCCGCGGCGCCUUCUCGUUCGGCAUCAGCGUGGGCGAGGAGUACAACAUGUCGCCGCCGGAGGUGCGCUGCCACACGCGGCUCUGGCACCCGAACAUCGCCGAGGACGGCGCCGUCUGCCUGAGCCUGCUGCGCCAGAACUCUUACGACGGCAUGGGCUGGGCACCGACGCGCCGCCUCAAAGACGUGGUGUGGGGCCUCAACUCCCUGUUCACCGACCUGCUCAACUUCGACGAUCCGCUUAACACGGAGGCUGCCGAACACUACGCGCUCGACCGCGACGGCUUCGAGCGCAAGGUGUCCGAGUACGUGCGCCUGUACGCGGCGCGGUGAGGGGCGAGCGGGCGGCGCUGUGUCGGACCGGACCGCACGUCCCUGCCGGGCGGCGGACGCCCCCGGACCGGUGACCAGGCGCCGGCGGUGCCGCGGGGUCACGCCACCCCCCGCCGGCGUGACCCCGCGAGGAGUAACGAGAUGGCGGUGAAGAUCCAGCGGGGGUGAUGGCAUGAUGCUCCGGAGACUGGUGGCGUCUGGCACAGUGCUUAUGUGACCUGCCGAGGAUGAUAUUGCGCGGCUCUCAGAGGACGAGAGAUGAGUCACGAGGGCGCUUUUGCAAUAACUGGACCGGUGAAGGAGCGGCGGGGCGAUGCCGCGGUGGGCUCUGCGACGAUAGGCGCUGGUGGAGGAGCGUUUUAAUGAGCGUGACCGUCCGGGGAUAGCUGACUAGGGAACGUCGGAGGUAUGUUG